UAUUCAUAUUCAUGGCGAAAAGGUGAUAUUGUAAGCCUUGGAAACGGUCUUUGCGUGGGAGACCAACUUUCAAAGGAGGUCGAGUGCUGCCGAUGGCUGGUUCUUCGUCAGGACAGCUACUGACGGAGCUUAGGGAAUGCUUGAAUCGUGUUAAGAAAGGUCCUCUUCCUAUAAAAGAUGGAAACGAGCACCUUGUUCCGUUCUGUGAAGCUCUGGAAGGCGUCUUUCGAGAUGGCAUUAAACAUCCAGGUUCUCUCUUUGGUUUAAAUAAAAGAGAUUAUUGGGAUUGGGUUGAACAGUUGCCCAAUUAUAUUUACAAUGAGAAGCAAAAUCCAUUUCUCAUUCAGACUAUAGCAAGCAUCAAGCCAUCAUUGAAGAUGAGGACUUCUUGCGGUCGAGGACGCUGUUUUGUUCGAAUUGCUUUAGUAAAAAAGAUCCUCUCAGUUCCUGUCGACCACCUUCUGAAAAAUCGAAAGUUGACGGAUUACUGGUAUUCUAAAGAGUCCAUCAUUGGUAAUGCUUCUUUAGCAAGCAAGUUUAUGGAUAUUCUAUUUGAAGUAACCGAAGUGGAUUUUGAGCUGGCUUACAGAAACGCUUCGUUUCUUGAUGAGACCUGGAUUUUGCCUAUUUAUGUGACUGUAGAGCUGCCUAGUGUAGAAGACUUUGGAAUGGUUGUGAGUUAUGUUGAAAACAGGGCUAUUGUAACAUGUGUUGCUCCAGACAGUCUGGCCCACAGGGUGCAUAUUGAGGCUGGGGACUGCGUUGAUGCCGUGAAUGAUCAGUGUGUGUACACUGCUAAUGCAAGGAUAAGCAAACUGUUGGACCACAGCAAGGAGGCAGUACAUUUAUCAAUCGUCAAAGCAAAAUUGAUUGAUGGGACACCGUUUGUACCUCUCGCUCGGAGAAUGUUGCUUUUGGAAUCAGAUGGGUCAUCACUGAGAAGUGAUUUGCUUGCUGAUAUAGCAAUAGCUGAGAGCCCAACUGUAAAAUCUGCUGCACCAGAAGAUGCGCAGUUGUCGUUACACGUGGAGAGAGUUUAUGAAGUUGUUUAUUUGGGAAAGACAGAAGUUAACGAGGGCUGUGGAGAUGCUUUGAUUGCAUCCGCAGUGCAAUUGGUUAUAGAUGGACAAGGCAAACCGAUGAGUAUUUCAAUUAUGGUCACAGAGGCAGCAGUGACUGUUCAUUAUGCUGAUGGAAAAAAGAAGCUGCUCGGAAAGUAUACGUAUCCUGAAAUUUCUGACUGCUCUGUGACACUAAAUCCAGAAACAUGCUUUGGCAUGAUUGUACGGCAAUUAAAGCCUUCAUCUGUUCAGUACAACUGUCUAGUAUUCGAAGCUCCUUCUGCAUCAAUGGCAAGAGAUGUCUCUCUCCACAUCUCUCAGGGUAUCAACAGAACUGUGUGGUUUGUUGACUUGCCAACAGAAUCAGACACAUCACUCACAAGCGUAGUGUAGUAGCCUUGCAAACAGUUGACUCAUAGUGUAUUUAUUAUCUACACUGUCUGUAAUAAUAAGUGUAGCUCUUGGUUUUUGUACAAAUGUUAGUCAUUGAAUUUAUAGCAGAGAAUAUAUUCAUUCUGAAAAUUUCAAUUAGAAUGUUUCCUGUCAUUCUUCUUUUGUGACUGAUAUUUCUUUGCUUUCAGUCUCAUAUCUGCAGCUCUUCUUUG